GCAGGUCUGCACCAUGGCGGCCCGGCUUGUGAGCCGAUGCGGGGCUGUGCGUGCAGCUCCCCACAGCGGCCCGCUGGCGUCCUGCCGCAGGUGGUCCGGCGCCUCAACAGACACCGUGUAUGACGUGGUGGUGUCGGGUGGAGGCCUGGUGGGCGCUGCCAUGGCCUGUGCCUUGGGUAAGCCCCUCUCCAGGCUACUAGUGGCCGGAAACCGGGCCGCGGAGCACGAUGAGAGCCGUGAGAGCCCUAGCACGACUUGCCCAAAGACAAUUUCUCAGGAUAUGAUAUUCACUUUCAUGACAAGAAAAUCCUGUUGCUCGAAGCAGGUCCAAAGAAAGUACUGGAGAAAUUGUCAGAAACUUACAGCAACAGGGUCAGCUCCAUUUCCCCUGGCUCUGCAACGCUUCUCAGUAGUUUUGGUGCCUGGGACCAUAUCUGCAACAUGAGAUACAGAGCCUUUCGGCGAAUGCAGGUGUGGGACGCCUGCUCAGAGGCCCUGAUAAUGUUUGAUAAGGAUAAUUUAGAUGACAUGGGCUAUAUCGUGGAGAAUGAUGUCAUCAUGCAUGCUCUCACUAAGCAGUUGGAGGCUGUGUCUGACCGAGUGACGGUUCUCUACAGGAGCAAAGCCAUUCGCUAUACCUGGCCUUGUCCAUUUCCUAUGGCCGACUCCAGCCCUUGGGUUCAUAUCACCCUAGGUGAUGGCAGCACCUUCCAGACCAAAUUGUUGAUAGGUGCAGAUGGUCACAACUCCGGAGUACGGCAGGCUGUUGGAAUCCAGAAUGUGAGCUGGAACUAUGACCAGUCUGCUGUUGUGGCUACUCUGCAUUUAUCAGAGGCCACAGAAAACAACGUAGCCUGGCAGAGAUUUCUUCCCUCUGGGCCUAUUGCUCUGCUCCCGGUAAGAGGUCCUUCUGGCCAGUCCGCCUACAUGCAUGCAGCCUUUCCUCUUCACUUUCUCUCAGCCUUUUUCUGGUUUCAAGGGAAUCUGCCCAGGCUGUUUCUCUCAGACACCUUGAGUUCCUUGGUUUGGUCCACGUCCCAUGAACAUGCAGCAGAGCUAGUUACCAUGGAUGAGGAAAAAUUUGUGGAUGCCGUUAACUCUGCCUUUUGGAGUGAUGCUGACCACACGGACUUCAUCGACACAGCUGGUGCCAUGCUGCAGUAUGCUGUCAGCCUUCUGAAGCCCACUAAGGUCUCGGCUCGCCAGCUGCCCCCAAGCGUAGCCAGGGUGGAUGCCAAAAGCCGAGUUCUGUUUCCUCUUGGGUUGGGACAUGCUGCUGAGUACGUCAGGCCUCGGGUGGCGCUCAUUGGGGAUGCAGCCCACAGAGUCCAUCCGCUUGCAGGACAGGGUGUCAACAUGGGCUUUGGGGAUAUCUCCAGCUUGGCCCAUCACCUCAGUACGGCAGCCUUCAAUGGGAAGGACUUAGGUUCCAUGAGCCACCUCACAGGUUAUGAAACAGAAAGACAGCGUCACAACACUGCUCUUCUGGCUGCUACAGACUUACUAAAAAGGCUCUAUUCUACCAGUGCCUCCCCGCUUGUGUUGCUCAGGACGUGGGGCUUGCAGGCCACAAAUGCAGUGUCUCCACUCAAAGAACAGAUUAUGGCCUUUGCAAGCAAAUGAGUACUCCUCUCCUAAAGAAAGAUUACGUUGAUGAAAAAGAACAUCCUGCCCAGGACCCAUCAUACAUAUUUUCAAGAUCUUAUUUAAUUUAAUAAACUUACUUUACAUUAAAA